AACAUUGACACAUCUAUACUCUCAGCUGAUACAGUGUUGAUCUGGGCUCAGCUUGAUGGUAAUACCUGACUGUAUCACUAUUUCUUACCAACAGUGACUGUUAACAAGGUGUCAUUGAGGUCGGGGAUCCCACAUCGCAAUACAGUACAUCAAAAGUGGCUCCAGCCUUUUAAAAAUAUAAGAGGCUGUUCUUAAUGAAUUUUGUGGUUGUUCAGGUUCUGUAGUUAAUACUGCAGCUUACUUGACUUCUUGACAUAGAAAACAUUGAUUUACUGGCAAGUGUAGACACUGUAAAAAAAGAAAACAGUUUCUAGUGAAAUUUAACUCUAAAGUGUGAAAGAGCUAGCUACAAACACUCGUGGAUAUUGGUCACCUGCUGUACCUGCUAUAUCCUAUAUACUGCACAACUUAGGUUGUGAGGUUCGAGGGGCGGUGUGUGGGAGCCCGGGCCAGGGGGGGCCACUAUGUACUACUGAGGCCCACCCAACACUUCACCAGGUGAGGCUGUGACCAUUGUUACACAGUACUACGAAGUGUGCUAGGAGCCAAGUGGCUGGGCAGCAGCAGCAGUAGCAGCAGCUAGGAGAGAGAACAGUGGCAGAUCAUUCUGGACACUAUGUCACAUCACAGUGAUGAAAAUGCCAUAUAUACCUCCACAGACUCCUUCUGGGAGGUGGGCAACUAUAAACGAACAACAAAAAGAAUUGAGGAUGGAAAUAGACUCUGUGAUGACCUGAUGAAAUUAGUGUCAGAAAGAGCAGAAAUUGAGAAAAUGUAUGCCAAGUCUCUCAAAGAAUGGGCAAAGAAGUGGAACAAUAUAAUAGAAAAAGGUCCAGAGUAUGGCACGACUGAGGCAGCAUGGAAAGGGGUGCUCAUGGAAGCUGAGCAAAGAUGUGACCUACAUAUGCGAGUCAAAGAAAACUUAAUUAAUGAAGUACACAGCAAUGUUAAACAGUGGCAAAGGGAUAAUUAUCACAAGUCCAUGAUGGGGCAGCUGAAAGAGAAAAAAGAUAUUGAAGAUAUGUUCAAAAAAGCCCAGAAACCUUGGUCCAAGCUUUUUGAAAAGGUAAACAAGAGCAGAGCUGACUACCACAAUGCUUGUAAAAGUGAACGUUCAGCACAGAACCAAGAAAGGAACGCUGGAGGAGACUCCUCGCUCUCUCCUGACCAGCACAACAAUAUGAAGGUGAAGAAGCUGCAGGACCGGGUGUCUAAAGCCAAGGAAGAAGUGUCACGAGGACGAGAAAAAUAUGACGUCUGUCUCAAUGAAAUCUCUGAGUACAACCCAAAGUAUAUCGAGGAAAUGACACACGUGUUUGAGAAGGCACAGGAAGCAGAAUCUAAGAGGCUAAUCUUCUUCAAAGACAUGCUUUUUGCCACACACAAAUGUCUUAACAUAUCAAAUGAUCCAAGUUUACCGCGAAUCUAUGAGGAAUUCAACCACACAGUAGCAAAUGCUGACUAUGAAAAAGAUCUUAAAUGGUGGAGCAACAACCAUGGAGUUAAUAUGCCUAUGAACUGGCCCUCAUUUGAGGAAUAUUCAGAAGAAUUCCGCGACAUUAGCAGCAAAGGCAAGCGUGGUGGGCAGAUCCCGGAGGGCAUCACUUUGCUGAAUCAACGCACCGUCGGCGAUGACUUGCCAGAAUACACACCUGACCUUCACCGCAUUAGUAAGAAAGCGCCUAAAGGAGCUGUAAGUGGUGGAGGAGAUGUUACACUAACCUCUGUUAAAGGACCUUCCAACCACACCUCAGCCACCUCAAAAUCUGAGAACAAUAGACAUUCAGCUAUCAGCGAUCCACAGGAGUCUCAGGAUGCUUCUAAUCCUUUCGAUGAGGAGGAGGACCCACAUAGUCAAAACAAUGGUGUAAGUGGGGACGAUGAUGAGUGGGAUUACAGUGAUCGAAUGGUCGACCCCAACAAGCCAGGUGUGCCAGUCAGAGCGCUUUAUGAUUACGAGGGUGUUGAAGCAGAUGAAUUAUCAUUUAAAGUUGGUAAGAAGUAAUAGUAGCUUGUUUGA